AUGUCGGUCCUAGCGAAAUACGCUUUCUUACACCGCUACCUCGAAUUCCUCCAAUCAUGUGGCGUCCCAGAUCCUGGUCAAUACUCUCAACCCAUGGGAAAUGCCUAUAGCGAACCCCACCGAGUCUAUCACAACACCGCGCAUAUAACCUUCAUGCUGGACAAGCUUGCUGAGGAUGUGAAAACUAGAAAGAUCGAGCUGAGCGGUUGGGAGCAGAACUGUGUUAUGUUCGCAGUAUGGUGGCAUGAUUUUGUCUACAACCCGCAGGUUAAGGACAACGAAUUGCAAAGUAUUUUGGCUUGGGAAGACUUUGUGGACCAGGUGUCACAGACGUCCCCCGUGCUGGAAUCGUAUAAAACUCCAGUUUCUUCUCUAAUUCAUUGCACAAUCUCCCAUACCCUCCCACCCCCAAUUCCAGACACCCCUCUAACCCCUGCACUGAUAUCUUACUUCCUUGAUCUUGAUCUGGCGAUCCUGGCUACUUCUCGAGAUAUUUAUGCAGCGUAUGCGAACAAUAUUCGAAGUGAAUACAGCAACUAUCCAAUCUCAGAUUACCGAAGUGGGAGAAUGGCCGUAUUGAAAAGCUUUUUAGGCCGCGAAGAUAUAUUUUUAACUACUAGCUUGGGAGGGGGGGGAGAGAAUAUGCAAAUCAUGGAGAGCUUAGCAAGAAAAAAUAUUAGUUGGGAAAUCGAAGAGCUCGAGAGUGGCAGAUUGCCCCAGAGUUAA